GAUUGUUGUUUUCGUUUCUAAAAUAGGGUGUCACUGGCUAAUGUGUAUGGAUUUUACCUAUGUAUAUGAUACUAUUUUGUAUUUCAUUUCCUGGAAUUUUUCAACAGGACGCAUUCUUUUGACAAUAUUUUAGUUUUUGUGGUUUGUUUUCAACAGAGUCAAUGGUUGAGCUUUAGGCAAGGAAUUGAAUGAGCAUCAUGCGCUUUAACGAUAGGGAAUUAGCCCAUUUUGGAUGUUCAACGACCACUGAUUUUGAAGGAAGGCUGAACUACAGAACGCCUUCUGGAAAUUUUGGUCAGCCAGUUUUCAAAGAGAGAUGGUUCAAGCUGAAGUCCAACUUUCUAUUUUAUUUUCGCAUCACCGAGCUUGGUGCAAUUGAUUACAAAGAGCCCGUUGGCGUUUUUGUAUUAGAAAACUUCACGGUCCAAAAAGUUGAUAGCAGAGAGACGCCUUUUGCCUUUUCCAUCGUCUUCCAGGACGAUUAUGAGAAGAGGCAUUAUUUUUCCGCACGCUCAGAAGAACUAGUUAAUACCUGGGUUAAUGCAAUUAACCAAUGCAGUUAUGAGAACCUGCGCAGCAAACUCCACACUCUUCAGAACUUAAUCAAAGUUGCCUCAGGCGUGGACCAAUUACAGUUGCAUCCCUACGUGGAUAGGCCAAGAGAAAUAAACAACCAGCCAGAGUCAAGCCGUCCAGCGAAGUCUGGCCAGUCGUCAAAAAGUGCUUCGUUUAAGUGCCAUGUGUCGCCAUUCGCUUCACCUACAACACCACCAAGACAUAGCGAUUCAUCACUGUUUGCUCCUCCGUCAGGAAAUCCUACAGCGCCUGUCAGACCCUCAAGAUCAACAGAUGCUCAGAGAAAUAAUUCUACAGGCAGCCCUGCCAGGACACCGAUCAGAAAGGCACCGCCACCACCUGUUGAGCAGCCUGAAAAGGAUCUCAUCGAGUUUUAAGCUAACCAUAGCACCGAGUACCUAUUUUUGGCUAAAAUUGCGAUCGCUUCAGUCUGUGGAGACCCUCUCAUAUUUUUAUAACAGAAAAUUAAUUUUGUCCUGCUGAAGAACAAAGAACCAGUAUCCAUA